AGUAGCGCAACAAAACAGAAGGAGCGAACUUCCGGUCCCUGUGGUCUGUUGACUUUAAUGUUUUACUUUUUGUAUGAAUGCGGUGCCAUUAAUAAUUCUCAUGUGGUUUUAACAUUUAUGUGAUUUAUUUAUAAAAAUGGAGCGGUCUGUAAACUCAGACGUUAUUCAAGAAAUACACACGACCAGUCCUUGUAGACAAUGGCGCAAUUGGGUCGGAUUUUGGUUGCUUGGACUGUGCAACAACUUUGCAUAUGUGGUCAUGCUGAGCGCUGCUCAAGACAUCCUUCAAAAACAACAGAGCCACAAUGCCACAGUAUGUAACUCCUCUUUAUCAACAUUGGAACGUGAAGAUGUGAAGGCUGCCAACAGCAGCCGCUAUGAUUGCAAUCCUGUCUCAACUGCAGCUGUGCUUUUAGCUGACAUCCUUCCAACCCUCCUCAUCAAGCUGUCUGUUCCGCUGCUCAUCCACAAAGUGCCUUAUGGAGUUCGAGUGUUAUUGUGUGUGGUCAUGGCUGCGGGGAGCUUCCUCAUCGUUUCCUUCUCUUCAGGCGUGUGGAUGAGCCUUGUUGGAGUGAUCUUUGCCAGUGCCAGCUCAGGAUUUGGAGAGUUAUCUUUCCUUUCUCUCACGGUCUUCUACAGCAGGGACGUGCUCGGGGGCUGGGGUUCAGGGACGGGUGGGGCUGGUGUUGCGGGGGCCCUCCUUUAUGCUGGCCUCACCCAAGUUGGCCUUUCACCCCAACGUACACUUCUCAUCAUGCUGACAGUCCCGUGUGCUAUGCUCAUUAGCUACUUUUUCCUGCUGGUUCCGCCACCAUCAUUCCCUCAGUGGAAGCACGGCGAGAUGGACGUCACCGUGGGGUCAGAUGAGAGGCAGCGGCUGAUGGAUGGAUGCUACCAGGAGCAGGAAGCAUGCGGCCAAGAGAGCAGAUAUGUACCUCUCACUCUUGCAGACAAGUUCCAUAUCAUCAAAGACUUGAUGCCCUUCAUCUGUCCUUUGGGGCUGGUCUAUUAUGCUGAAUACUUCAUUAACCAGGGCUUGAUGGAGCUGCUGUACUUCCCAGAGUUUUUCCUGAGCCAUGCAGAGCAGUAUCGCUGGUAUCAGACGUUGUAUCAGGUGGGCGUGUUUGUCUCUCGAUCCUCCCUGUGUUGCGUGAAGAUCAGGAAGCUGUGGGGCCUUGCUGGGCUGCAGGUGGUGAAUGCGCUGCUGCUUCUGUUGGCCGUCCGGUACCACUUCCUGCCCAGCGCCUGGCUGGUCUUCCCCAUCAUCUUCUACGAGGGUCUGCUGGGCGGAACCGCGUACGUCAACACCUUCUACUUCAUCAGCAAGGAGACUGAAGACAGACAGAGGGAGUUUGCCAUGGCUGCUGCCAGCGUAGGAGACAGCGUGGGCAUCGCCUUGGCGGGGGUCACCGCCUUCCCUGUCCACAGAUACUUCUGCUCCCUUUGAAACGUUCCACACACUCACCAGUCACUCAUACUGACACCAUCAAUGACUCACAGAAAUCCCACAUUUUACAUUCCACAGGUCGGUGGAGACGUACUGUAGUUUGGUAUGAUAAUCCCACCCGGGAGUGUGUGCACAUCCUCAUCAAUCCUCAUGGGAAACUCCAUUCCUUUAGUGACUCAAGUUACGAGUCGCUCCCUGAAGUGAAUCGGGUACUCCAUUCAAUCAUCGCCAAGUGCAUGUCUGAGUUUUUGGCAGUGCGCUUUGUGAUGAGUUACAAGUUCCACACGGGAGUCGAUCAAACCUGCAGGCUGAGAGAGUGAGUCGUUUGUUUAGUUGAACCUGUGGUGCAGCUCAGGCAGGAAGGGGAAAGGGAACCGGCUCCAACCAGCUGAGCCCGCUGGCUCACACAUAGAGACAUACGACAGGAAGAUACAAAAUGAUUUGAUUACAAUUUGCUUUAAAAGCAUCAAAUGUUACCAUGUAUGGAAAGUAAAAUAUUUAUCAAAAUAAACAAAACAAAUUGAAUUGAAACUCAAAACAAUAAACACCACAAAGCCAAAAAAUAACAAAGGAAAGGAAAAGCAAUGGUAAAACCAAGGUCCCACUCCAAAGCAAUCAAUUAUUAAGAAAUCAUGUAAACCCAAUCACAGUCGCCCCUCGCCACAUCGCAGUCCGAAUAUUGCUCCUCACUCUUAUCGCGGUUAAAAAAAAAAAAAAGAGUUAAUAAAUACUGUUUUGUGAUUGA